AACCCGUCAGGAAGGACAUAAACAAAACAAACCACAGGCAGCAUGGAGAGGGGCCGCGGCCCCUGCAGCGGAACCCGGUUCUGCCCCUGAGCCGUCCACCCGCGCAGCCAGACACGCACAGAAUCAUUUAAAAUCCAAGCAGUUGAAUUGAAGGCAUUUGGGGAAACCUGCUAUCUAUUGUGAAAAUCAUCUUUGAUCUUGGAAUUAAAAGUAAAGCUGGAAAGGAAUUUACAAACAAGAAAAGAAAGAAGUUUGGAAUUGGACUCACAGGAUCUGGGCUUGGAAAUGCCUCAGCCCAGUGUAAGCGGAAUGGAUCCGCCUUUUGGGGAUGCCUUUCGAAGCCACACCUUUUCAGAACAGACUCUGAUGAGCACUGAUCUAUUAGCAAACAGUUCUGAUCCAGAUUUCAUGUAUGAACUGGAUAGAGAGAUGAACUACCAACAGAAUCCUAGAGACAACUUCCUUUCUUUGGAAGACUACAAAGACAUUGAGAACCUGGAGUCUUUCACAGAUGUCUUAGACAAUGAGGGCGCUUUAACCUCAAACUGGGAGCAGUGGGAUACAUACUGUGAAGACUUGACUAAGUAUACCAAACUAACCAGCUGUGACAUCUGGGGAACAAAAGAAGUGGAUUACUUGGGUCUUGAUGACUUUUCUAGCCCUUACCAAGAUGAAGAGGUCAUAAGUAAAACUCCAACCUUGGCCCAGCUUAAUAGUGAGGACUCUCAGUCAGUUUCUGAUUCUCUUUAUUACCCUGAUUCACUUUUCACAGUCAAACAGAAUCCUUUUCCCCCUUCGUUCCCUGGUAAAAAGAUCACGAGCAGAGCAGCUGCCCCCGUGUGCUCCUCCAAGACUCUUCAGGCCGAGGUCCCAUUAUCAGACUGUGUCCAGAAAGCAAGUAACCCUGCUUCAAGCACACAGACCGUGGUAAAGAGCAGCAUGUGUCCUAAGGAGAAGGUGGGCUUCCAUGCUGAGUGUAAAGACUAUGUCAGGAAGGCAAAGGUGAAGAUCAGCGCUGUGCAGCCCACCCGGCCUUUGCUCAGCCAGCCACUCACCCAUGUCGCUGCCAAGGAGAACAUCUGCUACUGUGGAGCUGUGGCCAAGAGACAGGAGAAAAGGGUCAUGGAGCCACACCAGGGCCAUGCCACGCCUGCUCCCGCUUUGCCUUUCAAAGAAACCCAGGAACUAUUACUCAGUCCUCUGCCCCAGGAUGGUCCAGGGUCAGCUGCCACAGGAGAGAGUGGCAGCCUUUCUGCUAGCACUUCGAUUUCAGAUUCAUCCCAGAAAAAAGAAGAGCAUAAUUAUUCUCUUUUUGUUUCCGACAACUCAGUAGAACAGCCAACAAAAUGCAGUCCCAGAGAUGAUGAUGAUGAUGAUGAUGAUGACGAUAUUGAUGAUGAGGACCAUGAUGAAGGGUUUGGCAGUGAGCAUGAACUUUCUGAAAAUGAGGAGGAGGAAGAAGAGGAAGAGGAUUAUGAAGAUGACAAAGAUGAUGACAUUAGUGACACAUUCUCUGAACCAGGCUAUGAAAAUGACUCUGUAGAAGACCUGAAGGAGAUGACCUCCAUAUCCUCUCGGAAAAGAGGCAAAAGAAGGUACUUCUGGGAGUAUAGUGAACAGCUUACCCCAUCACAGCAAGAGAGGAUUCUAAGGCCAUCUGAAUGGAGCCGAGACACCUUGCCAAGUAAUAUGUAUCAGAAAAAUGGCUUGCAUCAUGGAAAAUAUGCAGUGAAGAAGUCACGAAGAACUGAUGUCGAAGACCUGACCCCAAAUCCUAAAAAGCUACUGCAGAUUGGCAGUGAGCUACGGAAGCUGAAUAAGGUGAUCAGUGACCUGACUCCUGUCAGUGAGCUUCCCUUAACAGCCCGACCAAGGUCAAGGAAGGAAAAAAAUAAACUGGCUUCCAGAGCUUGUCGGUUAAAGAAAAAAGCCCAGUAUGAAGCUAAUAAAGUGAAAUUAUGGGGCCUCAACACUGAGUAUGACAAUUUAUUGUUUGUAAUCAACUCCAUCAAGCAAGACAUUGUAAACCGGGUACAGAAUCCAAGAGAAGAGAGAGGUCCCAGCAUGGGGCAGAAGCUUGAAAUUCUCAUUAAAGAUACUCUUGGUCUCCCAGUUGCUGGACAAACCUCAGAAUUUGUUAACCAAGUAUUAGGCAAGACUGCAGAAGGCAAUCCCACUGGAGGUCUUGUGGGACUAAGGAUACCAACAUCAAAAGUGUAAUCAGCCGCAUUGGACCACUGCUCAAGAGAUGUGUGUUUUGUUGUCACGUUAUCUAUUGUAAAUUUUCAUUCUGUUUUGCAUGUCAAUUAGCAUUAUGUAAACAUUUAUAAUUAGGUUACAUUGGUUUAAGAACUUGUAGCAUAAGUGAAGCAUGAUCCAAAUACUUGAUUAUUGCAUUUUCAGAGCAAAAACCAGGUUAAGUCUGCUACUGGCAUUAGAAUUGAAAUUCACACGUUAAGUAAAUGCUUAGGUACAGAUCGCAAACAUCUGUUAAAGCAAAUCAUUUUGAAGGAAUGAAUACGUAGUAGUAUGCCAACUAUUAUGGCAGGUUUAUGCUCUGAACCACAAAAAAAUAUUGAGGAAGCAUUUUUUUCAAAAUCUGUUUAGAUUUGUUUUUAUUCUAAUUUUUUUCACAACCAUUAAUGUCACCUGUACAUGGCACACCUAGCACUAAAGGCUGUGUGCCAUGGUAGAUGUUCAUUUUCAGAUCUCAGUAUAAUAUAUAUAAAUAUAUAUAUAUAUACAUAAAUGUCUGUGCAAGUAAGAAAAAAGCAUAUUCUUUGUGCCUUGUAUUUUGAGGAAACUAUAAAACUGGUAAUAUUUUGUAUGCUGAAAACCCUAAUGAGGAAAAACAAGAUAUAUAGAUGAGAAAAUUAUGGGGUUUAAAUGUUUUUGUGUUCCAACUCUUUUUCAAAAUUUUUGAAUGUAUAUAGGACUAUGUUGAAAUGUAGAUAUAUGCCACAGAGUCUGUGUAUUGUAUAAAAAAAAACAAAAAAACAAAAAAACAAACAACAAAAAAAAAGAUGGCUCUAGAAAACUCUAUUUCGGUACUUGACCGGAAGAAGACAAAUACUUGCACAUUAUUGCGAUUGUUUUAUUUUUUGUACCAAAGACAAAUGCAACUGAUAUGGCAAACUGCCAGUCUAAGUAAAGUUUUGCACAGCUGUAUGAAUGUAUGAAAAAAAAGAGAAAAAAAUGAAAAAAAUUAAAAGGUCAGGGUUAGGGAUCUUACUGAACUGUGAAUUUUAUUUCUGUUUGGGUCCAAUUAUCUACAGAAGGAGCAUCCAUACAUAAAAAUAUUAUUUUGCUGUUCCUCUAGUUUGCUUCCAUAGUAGAUAAGUUGGUGGCCAUUUAGGUGUCUGUAAGUCUUUUAUUUCUGCACUUAACUGUAGGAAAAUUUAAUAUAUUUCAUUUUAGUAAGCUAUUGAUAAAAUAGUUUUUGACUUUGAAAAUUAAAAAGUUUAUUUAGCUUAUUGUAGUAUACUUCCACCAAACAACCAAAAUAUAGAUUAUUUUUAUUAUAUUAUGUAUAUAUAAAUGUAAAGAAAAAGCUAAAAUAUCUAAUACUAAUUUAGUUGCCACUUUUCCAAUUGAUGUAUUAUUGUGCAUGUAAUAUUUUCAAAGAUCAACACAAGCUUAAAACAAAAAAAUUUAUAAAUUUUUAUAUUUUUGUACAGGUAUUUUCAAACUAGCUUCUUCAAACUGACAUGUGACCUACUCUUGUGUAGUUUCUAGAACUGGGAAACACGAGUGCGUUUAGCAUAGGUGUUGUCUUUGCUCACAUUGAACAGCUGCCUUACUGCGCGCGUAACUGUGUUCAGGCUGAGCUCGUGAGAGAGCUUUCUGUCAAGACAGCAUUACAACCCUCCCCAGACCUUCCGUCCUGUCUCUUUUCACUGUUUUAUCUCAUAUCUUGUGUUUGGAACUAUGAAAAUUGGUGACUUAGAAACUAUCCUUAAAAAAACAUCAAACAUGCCUAGGGGAGAAAAACCCAGAAUUUUAGACCUAGCUGCUAUUUCUCCACUACUCACUGGUAGAAUUCAUUCUUUAAUUGUAUGUUCUUUGUACAGUAUAUUAUAUUUUCUUUUACUUUCUGCCCUUUCCAUUUAUAAGCUAUAGCACAUGAAGGUUCGAUUCUACACAUAGUAACAACCCAACAAUGUGGCUUACUUGCUUGUUGACAUCUUGAAACACAGGAAGCCGAGGAUUGUCUUGACGUGGUAGCUGAACUGUGCUGUGCAGAAUUUUCCAUUGUUUGGUGGAAAUGUACUGGCUAGUGCGUUCAUGCUAAACGUGAUAAGCUCAGAUCUAAUGGUUAAUAGAAUUCAAGUUCAUUAUUUCAACUUUUUCCUUUUUAGGUGGGAGAAAAAAAAAGCAUAGGUUUUUGCAACUAGUAGUAUAUAAAGUUUUAACAGUGUGUAUCUGGUAAACUGACAAGAUUUGGCAGUCUUGUAGGUGAAAAUCACUUCAUGAUAGAGAUUCAGCUGAUGAGGUUAUAACAUUGCCCUUUUCUAGCUGCUCUGAUAGGAAUUCUGGUUUUUUAUACUUUUUCCUUGUCUGCAAACCAGAAUUUGAUUUUUUGGUCUUGCAUUUCAAUAAAGACUUUUGAAUCUGUUUAGUAGAUUCCAUAUCCUUGCAUUCAGUGUUUUAUAUGUACUACUUAAGUUAAAUAGUUGAAAGCCUUUAAAUAGUUGAGCUUUUUAAUGUUGACACUUUAUUUUUUACCUAUUUAUAUAUGUAUGUAUAUCUUAGAAAAGCACUUUGUUAAAAAAAUUGCAUUUUAUAUGAUUCCUGCCAUUUGCUGCUAAACCUGGGCUGGUCAGAAUGCUGCAGCGAUACUUGAUCUAAAUAAAAACCUGGCAGUAAAAUGUAGAGUGGAAGUUAAACCCUCUUGCUGUGUAACUUCUUCCUAAAGAUGGCAUAGGCAAGCUGUGCAGCUUUACAUUUUAACCAGGGGACUCUGUGGCAUUUAAAACCGUCUAGAAAUGGUUGUACUUUAAUGCCAGUAAGAAUCUGCUUCCUCUAUUGUCAUUAAAAUAUUCAUGUAGUAUAUCACACAAACUGUUCUUACUAGGUAAUGUAAAAACCCCAACAAUUGUACAUGUUCUGUUUUUGGAAAUUGUGGCAUGUAUUUUUGGGUGAAGAUCAUUAGAGAAGACCUCUCUAAAGGUCUUCUAUGUUCAUACAUGGUAUACAGAUAUAACUCAUAAUGAAGUCCAGAAUCUUACCUUAGUGAAGGCAUUGUGAACUCACCUCAAAUAUCCAUUGUUCCAAAUGCAAUGAAAAACUAAAUCUAGUACUACUAUGACUUAAAACAACAGAAACCUUUCCUUCCUAGUUUCAGAUACACUGGAUUCUUUACAGAGUUUGUCUCCAUAUGAAAGCAUGCUGUGCAGUUGUUCUUGUUAAGAUCUUGUCUGAGUUUUGAAUUGGGUGCCACACUCUUCCAGUCAGUCUGGUUGCUUGUUCUACUGUACCAUGUAUGGAUCAUUGUCCUUUCCUAGAACCUUUAUGACAGAUUAUGGUGUGGCUUUAUAUUGUGCCUUACUUGUACAUUUCAAAUGAAACAUCUCCAUUCCCUUCCACUUCCUGAACCUUUACUUUUGACCUUCCUGGUAAGAGAAUUAGAAGUAUUUCAAAAGCAUCACAAAGGUUUUCAGAUGGGAAUGGUUUCCUAGUUCCCUCUCUUUGUAGUUAUUUUAUACUUGUAAGAAAGACCAAUUUUGGAUGGUCUUUGCAUAUAUAUGAGAGGGGAGGAGCAACAGUAAUUUCACUACAUCGCUUUUCUUUGGUGUUCCUGAACUUGUCAUACGUCUUCUUCCUGAUGCUUGACUUUAUAUGCUUUUCAGCAAUAGUCUGCAGCUAGAGAGAGGCGUGUUCAGUUCAUCUGCUUGAAACUAUUUCGUUUUCCAGAACUUUUUAGGAGUACCCAUUUUUUGUUGUUGUUGUUGUUUUUAACAACAGAUGACAAGUCUCUUUAAAAGAAAAAGAAGUACAGUACUUUUGAAAUACAAUGCUGUUAGUAUGGAUUUCUUUUUUAUAUUAAUAUUCAUACAGUUAUCUGAUGUUUGCCUUCAUUAAUAAAGCUGUUAGUUUAUUCACCAAAAUGUCAAGAAUGGAUGUGCUUUUCUUUAUUCUAUACAUUUAAAAAUAUUUUAGCUGCUAAGAUUUAGUUAACUUCCUAAGAAAUGAAUUCAAGUUGCCUUCAGCAGAAAUUAACAAAAACUUAUGUUCCCUUUCUUUAUAUAGUCUUCCUGAAAUUCUGUUCAGAUAUUUUCUAGUUAAUUUUGUAACAGAAUGCUAGCAUCUUUCGAAUCUUGAAACUUGAAUUUUGAGAAUGCAUUGAAUUUCAGUGUUAAAGUAAAAGGUUUCAACUAUCCUUCUAGUGAAGUCUAUUGUGGAAUACCAUUUCCCAUGGAACUGAGGCCAUUUCCACAACUUUGCACAGAACUGCAGUCUUGUUCUUCCCUUGGAUCAUGACAAAUAAGUCUCACACAGUGCCGUAAUACUUGUGGAUUCUUUUGUAAUCUUUGUAAUCUUAAUAAGGGCAUUAGUAGAAGAUGACUCCAUGUUUUUUUUUUUUAAUACUUCAAACACAUUGGGAUGUAAAAUGGAUGUCAGCUGUAGGAAUGGUGGUUUCGUUUUAAGGAAUGAGCAUGUUGAAGGGAGACGAUGAAAAUGUACUACUGAAAGUUCUGCACUUCCACAGGCAAGUGGGACUAUGCGUUGAAGCAUGGUCCUCACACUUAUAAACAGACUGAAAUUGUAGAAUUACACCUAGGAGCUGCACUAUGCCAAAUUGCCAUUUACUUAGAAGAGAGAGGUUUGGGGAUGGUACUGCGCUAACAAGAACCUUGGUGACUGGUGAGGCACCAUCAAGGUCGAGUAUUUCGGUGUGCCAAGUUCGGGUGAACCAGGUUUGCCUCUUUCGUAACAGUGUAAACACAGUGGUGUAGCUGACUGAUUCUAGGGGCAUGGGAGCAAGACUUCUUCUGUCUUGUCCUUUGCCCUUUAUUUUUUUCAGAACCAAAUAACAGAUGUGUAUGUGUACUGUAUCUGCCUUUUCCACCACAUUUUUUUUAAAUGACACUGUGUAUCCACUGCCUGCUUUUUCACCUCCUUUCCCUAGGAUUUGUCCUGUACUGUAUGUAGCCUUUGUGGUUGACAGUCACUCUAGGGCUGCCAACACCGAAGUCACACGAGAGGAACAGAAGGGCAAGAAUACAAAGCAUUUGCUUCUGCAGUGUGGCAACCUCUUUUGCAUAGUUGCUCCGAUCCUGCUUGUGAUGCUACCAUGAAGAUUCUGUAGUUUUGUUUACCCUCCCUCCGGCUGGAGCCAAGACACUUUUUAUUGGAAUCAGUCUUGUCUAUUGUUCACGCAUGAGCUGUUCAAAAACUUAUUCAAUGUUGGUUAACAGUUGUGCAGUCUUUCAUUUCAGAAGAAAAAAAGGCAAUGCCUUUGUUUUCUGUCACCUUCUAACCUCUCAGCACUUCUAGUCAGAUACAGAAUCAUCAGUGUAUGCA